AUGGGGGCCUUCAACAUUCCCAUCCCUCAACCUUCCAUCACCCCCCUAGCCACCCUCCUUGCCACCCUCUCCAACCAGACAGGUCUUCCAGUCAACCAGCUAAAGUUGGUGCACAAAGGAGCGGUGCUGAAGGACACGUCUUUGACCGUGUCGGCAUAUGGCAUCACAGAAGGGGCCAACCUGGUGCUCAUCGGAAAGGGCGGGGACAUCCCUGCCCCUGCUUCAUCUGCUCCCAAGCAAGCUGCUCCCGUCGCCAAAAAGCCCAAGCAGCCCGAGACAGACUCUGAACCCGUCUUGGUCGACUGGAUCGAAUCCCUGGUCUCAAACCUCCUAGACCCUCUGAAACCUUCCAUCGCCACUUUCAUCUCUUACACUUCUCCCCACGUCACCAACCGUCCUGCCAAGAUCCCGGCGUUUGAAGUGUUGCAAAAGGAGCAUGCGAGGUUGAGCGAGUUGCUGCUGAAGGCGCUGUUAGAGUUGGAUGGGGUCAACAUCCAGGGGGGCUGGGAUGUGGCGAGGAAGGAGAGGAAGGAGGGCGUCAGGAGUAUACAGGGAGAACUGAAUAGAGUCGAUGAGGCGUGGGGAGAGAGAAAGAGGAUUGGUGCUUAG